AUGACUUCUACAACCAAAAUGCAAUAUGUUCGCUUUGGAAAUACAGGAAUGAAAGUAUCUCGAUUCUGUUUAGGCUGUAUGUCAUAUGGAUCAUCUAAGUGGCAAGCCUGGGUUAAAGAUGAAGAAGAAUCAAUCGAAUUGAUCGGAAAAGCCUAUGAGGCUGGUAUCAACUUCUUUGACACUGCUGAUGCUUAUUCAAAUGGCGAAAGUGAACGCGUUUUGGGUAAAGCUAUCAAAAAGUUCAAUAUGCCAAGGUCUCGUAUUGUAGUUGCUACCAAACUUUUUUUCACUGUGUCUGAAGAGAUGUCGAUAAAUACUCUUGGCCUUCAUGCUCAAGCUGACAUCACAACUGUCAAUAGUUCAGGCUUAUCAAGAAAGCAUAUCUUUGAUGCUGUAGAUGCUUCGUUGGAAAGAUUAGGCCUUGAUUACAUUGACCUUUAUCAAAUUCAUCGAUUUGACCCUGAAACGCCACUUGAAGAGACCAUGGAGGCUUUAAAUGAUUUGGUUCGCUCUGGUAAAGUCAGAUACAUUGGUGCUAGUUCAGGUUACGCAUGGCAAUUCCAAAAGGCAAAUGCUAUUGCUGAAAGAAGAGGAUGGGCCAAGUUUGUGUCUAUGCAAAACCUGUAUAAUUUACUUUAUCGCGAAGAAGAACGAGAGAUGAUUCCUUAUUGUCAAGACAGUGGUAUUGCUUCUAUUCAUUGGUCACCCUUGGCUAGAGGCUUAUUGACUGGCAAGAACCGUGAAUCAACUCGAUUGGGAACAGAUCGUGCCAUUUCUGCAUUCUUUGCCCAAAGAGAAGGUUCCAAUAACGAUGCUAUCAUUGAUCGUGUUAUAGAAAUAGCCGAAAAACAUAAACGUUCACCAGCACAGAUCGCUUUGGCCUGGAUGUUGACCAAACCUCAUGUUACUUCACCCAUUGUUGGUGUCAGUAAGGAAUCACAAUUGAUGGAUGUAUUAGGAUCUCUUGAAGUAAAAUUGACUGAAGAAGAAGUGAAGUAUCUUGAAGAACUUUACAUCCCACGACAACUUAUUCCUAUGUAA